AGCUUAACAUUUAGCUACUAUAGCUAGUUAGCUCAUCAUUUCUAAAAUCUACGCUCAAAAAUACAGGAAGGAGUGGGAAACAAACCCUGAAUUCGAAGGCUGGUUGAAGCCAUUUAUUGGAGAUGAUACACGGGCAUAUUGCCUGUAUUGUAAGGCUGAUUUUUACGCCAAACUUAGUGAUGUAAAAAAACACAUGAAAACUCAAAAACAUACUCAAAAGGCAAAGCCUUAUAACAGUUCCACCCAAAGUAAGCUGCAAUUAAUAAGUACAAAAACUGACUGCAAAAAUGGCUGAAGCCUCCACCAUGGCCUCAGAUGAUGCAUUCAAAGUGUCUUCCCUGAGGGGGAAAGUGACCCUGAUCACCGGGGCCAGCUCGGGCAUCGGGGCCGGGACCAGCGUCCUGUUCGCCAGACUCGGUGCUCUGCUGGCUCUCAACGGCCGCGACAUGGACAACCUGAAGAAAAUCUCCAAACAAUGCACCGACUGUGGAGCUGCCGAGCCCUUGCUUGUCCCUGGAGACCUCACUGAUGAAGAGGUGGUGAAGAAGACGGUGGAGCAAACUAUCUCUCACUUUGGCCGGCUGGACGUCCUGGUGAACAGCGCUGGGAUCCUGGCCAUGGGCAGCAUCGAGACAACUGACCUGGCUCAGUAUGACAGGAUCAUGAACAUCAACGUCAGAUCUGUAUACCACCUGACUCAGCUUUGUGUGCCCCACCUGAUCGAGACCAAAGGCUCCAUCGUCAACGUGUCCAGUGUCAAUGGGCAGAGAUCAUUCCCUGGUGUGCUGGCAUAUUGCAUGUCCAAGUCAGCCAUUGAUCAGUUCACGAGCUGUACAGCGCUUGAGCUGGCAUCAAAGCAAGUCAGAGUGAAUUCUGUGUGCCCCGGUGUGAUCAUCACUGAUGUCCACAAGAGAGCGGGACUGAAUGAGGAGCAGUAUGCCCAGUUUCUAGCGAAGUGUAAGCAGACCCAUGCCCUGGGCCGCCCGGGGGAGGUGGAGGAAGUGGCCCACGCCAUCGCCUUCCUGGCGUCCGAUGCUGCCAGCUUCAUCACUGGAGUCAACCUUCCUGUUGACGGGGGCCGCCAUGCCAUGUGCCCCCGAUAGGAUCAUGCAUGUUGAGAUACAGCAGUCUGAUAAUAUAUUGCUUUCAACCUACAAGUCUGCCUGUGCUUUGUACCAAGAAUCCCCGCAUUGCCACUAAAACUGAUGGAAAAACAAGGCAUUACUUCAAGGACACAAUGUUUCCCUCUGUUUGCAGAGGCGGCUGCUGUCUGGGUUUGACAGGUCCAGGUGUGAAAUGAAUAGAAGGAAGCUAAAAAGCACUGCCACAAGUAGGCAGUUUAAAUGCAUUUUAUUCCGUUCCUUUGCUAUGAAGCUUUCUUUGACAGAAACAAAUGGAAAGCUGCUUAUAAACAAAUGUUUCAGAAUUUUUAUUAAAUUGCCUGUGGAGUCAUUAGACUUCAUAAACGCAGCAUAAAGUGUGUGUACAGAGCAAACA